CAGCCGCUGAAACGAAAGUCAAGAAGAAGAAGAACCCGGAAGUGAGCCGGCUGUGACCCGCGGGUUGUUUUUCCGAUUUAAAAUGAAUUUAUUUCUGAGAUAAAAGUCAUGAUUGGUUUAAAAACGCUUCAGCGAAGCAAAACGUUAAAGUACGGAGUCCCCAUGCUGAUGCUGGUGGUCGGGGGCUCCUUCGGUCUGCGGGAGUUUGCACAAAUCCGAUACGAUGCCCAGAAGAUCAAGAAAAGGUUGGAUCCGUCUCUGGAGGCGAAGGUGAAUCCUCAGAAACAGUCGGUCAUCCUGGAGGAGGAGUACCAGAAGCUGAAAGAAAAGAAUCUGGACGAGUGGAAGAACAUCCGCGGUCCGCGGCCGUGGGAAGAUUCCCGGGAAUACCAGGAGCAGCAGCGGCAGAAGCUGAGCAAGGCGUCCUGAGAGAGUGGGCGGAGCCACAGCUCCAUGGUCACCAGACGUCUCAGGACUUGUGUUUGUGUGCACGUGCGUUACGUGCGUUAUGGUGGUCGGUCUCCCCUGGACUCUGACGAACAGCCAGCAGGUGGCGCCUCGCCUUGAGGAAAACUCUGAAUCUCAAUAAACGAUGUUUGUUGUUUCUU